GUUCAAGUGUUUGUUGGGCUACCAAGGUUUAUAAUAAGCAGUCGGGGCAGUGAUCGAGGUGACGUUGACAACGAACGAGUAUUAUUUGCACAUGCAUUAUAUGGGCGACUGAGAUGUUUCCAGUUGAUAUGACUACUCCAGGCAUCCACAUCGACACCAGGCAUAUGCCACUUCCUACGAUCGUGACGUCAGAGAACGAUGAUCGCUUGUCAGUAAUCGGGUCUAUCGCCGACAAAUCGCGAAGCGGCAGCCGAUUUAGCGACGAGGAGAAAAAUGUAGUGUUCGGGCUUUCGGGCAGUUUCAGUCGCCGUCGUCUAGGCAAGCAACAACAGGUGCUACAGGAUAUCGCCAAACGAUGCCGCGAGCAGGAAAUAGCUGAUAUGUCGUCAAGAAUGACAACCAGUUUGAAUCUAGGAACGAACUCCAAACAAGAUGGCUACCAACGAGAAGUGAGCAUGUACAUGACUAAUACGCUGCUGCGAAGAGGUCCCAAGACAACCCGAGUUGCUAAAAGCACUUCACACACGAGCUACAGUAGUCUACGUCCGGGGAUCGAGAGAAGCGCCACCAUAACGAAUUUUCGGCCAUCGAACGUGAUUAGAAAAGUGCCGAUAAAUUACCCGAUAAAGACUAUGUUCCCGAAGGUGUCACCGAGACAAGUGACAUAUGGCGGCCUCUCACCUACAGAACUGUACAACAGAACGAAACAUCUCCAUAACCGAAAAAUAAACGGCCCCAUACAGAUGGAACACUACAUGUACGGUCGACACGCGCCCUGUGCACCACUGAUGCUGCCGUCUCUGACUCGGAGUCAGCAACACGGGCAUCACUCCUCGCCGAUAUUUGGCGAAAGAAAUCACGAUAUCGCUACACUUAGAGAGGCGAAACUUCAAUCAAUGUCAUUGAUGGACAAUAAUUACGAUGAGUGGAUUGAUUUGCUCAGUACGCCGCCGAACUCUGAACAUUAGGACCUAUAAUAAACAUACGAUAGCCUAUGCAAUAAACCUUCAAACACAGUCAGAAGUUAAUAUUAAGACUGAGCAAACAAAUCAGACUUAUGAAUACGCUGAAUACCCCAUCCUUCAUUUACAUAUUGUAUCGCGUUCAAACUUGUUUAUUUUGUAGUCGAGUAAUGUCCCGACAAUUACAUCGGAGGGGUCGUCACUUGCGCACGUGCGGUAAAUGAUUCCAAAACGACGACGACAACGGAUGCUAAACACGCAAAGGCUUAUGGGUAGACGUUUGUUUGUAAACAACGACACGCUAGCUCUAUUGCCGUCUGCCGCAUACGUAGGUGACGACACCCCCACUUUAAACAUUCGCUACUCAGAGGUGUAUAUUUUAUAAAACAAUUCGACCUCAUUACAAAGAUAGGAACAAUCCUUAAAAAUAAGAAAUCUUUUUUUCCGUCCGGGCUCUGCAACUAGCAUACUCAUUAACGUUACUACAUGAUUGUACAAAUACGAUAACGGGGACAAGAACGUUAACAAUAGAUUUCAAAAUUUGCCGAUAGAGGGCAGUAUUGCAAAUCACAACGAAGAGAGUACAAGUAUUCCGUAGCAUGUUUCCAAUAUUAUGAACCGAACUUGAAGUAAUUAUACCCACGCUUUUUAUGUACAUAUGCAUAAUUUUAGUACUUAAUAGUAUACGCAAUGUGAUGAAUUUAAUAAAUAUCGAAUUUGGAUUA